AUGAGUUUACCAAAUUUCAAAUCCGUCACUCCUACUGACUUCCAGGUCGACGUGUUCGGGUACGACGUGCGCGGUACGCCUCGGACGCGCUAUGCGCUGUAUGGUCCUCGCCUGCUAUGGGGCGACAGUGUGAGCGUCUCUCAGGUCACCGAACAGCUGAACCGCAGCGUCGAGUUUGACGCGAACAUAUACAACUCUGCGAGCUUCCGUCUUGAAGGCGCAACUGCAACCCAAAGAAGGGCGAUAACAUUGGAACUGAACGCCGUCCUGCUCAGGUCGAGCUAUACCUCUUCGGGCAGCACCUACCCGCUGUCAGUGGCCGUGACCUACGGUGGAAACCUCUUCGGCUGGGCUGGCCAAGGGAACUACGUCUGCAUGCAAGACGACGUGGCAUUUGACUUCCUGUCCAGUGUGGAGACGACGGCCACCUCAGCUGGUGCCAUCCCCAUGAGGGGAGCCGACAGGGUGGACGUGGUACUCGCCUACACCAACCCGUUCGACGCCCUGCGCCUCGAGGUCACGGGCACCUCGGAGCGGGAAGAUAUCUUCACACUGUCGAGCAUCGAGGCGCAGCAGAUCGGCUACAACUUCUGGGAAUGCGGCGCCUUCGUGUAUGACGUCAAUGACACGACGGUGUUCACCACUUCGGGGAGUGGCAAGUCCCGGCUCUCUGCCCAGAGAAGCUUUGGCGAACUGCUGAACUGUGGCGGCGAGCAGCCGCGUACGGCAGAAGUCAAUGACCAGAUCACAUUAGGCUUUGGCGUAUUCACCAAUGGGUUUCCGGGUGACACUUUCACGCUCAACGUGAAGGUGCUGCUGAGAGAUCAAGAGAAGCUCAGCCAGGACCUGGUCUUCACGCUCACCGACGGCGAUCUGAGCGCCAUCUACCCGGCGGCCCCCAACAGUAGCGAGCCGAAGCUGGAGAUCACGCCGCCGGCACCGGGCGUGCCGCAAGACAUCGCGCCUGGCACGCACGUGACUUUUGACCUCACCUACCGGUUCCCGAUCUUCCAGCCCGUCGUGGGCCAGAGGAGGUGA